UUCUCGCUCUCGCGAUAUCUAUCUACAUAUAUAUUUGCAUAUCUAUCUCUUUCUCCUCGUUUUUUACUCCUUUCCCCUGAAGAGGAUCUACCGCUAGAGGAAGAAAAUCAUAAAGGUGGCCUUCGUUCUCGCAUAUAUCAUAUAUAAUACGCAUAUUUAGAUAAUCUGUUAAUAAGUCAUCCAUCAUCGCCCACGCAGACUCCUGCAGUUCUCGCCAGCAUCCUUUUCCGAAAAUACUAGUCGGCCAGCGGGUCGGUUAACCUUGAAAUUGGUUUUGGGGAUAUCCGAUGACUCGUUUCCCGGUUCCUUCGCUUCGGAACCGGUCCUCCCACAGAACGAAACGGGCGAGUAGCCAGGUAAUUUACGAGGUAAACCGGUGGUUGCCGUCGCGGCCAAGGUGUUAAAGUAGGGAGUUCGCUCCCGAAGCGGAGUGAAUGCCUUUCCCGGCCGGUUGGUCCCGGCAUCUCAGUACUCCUGGUGCCGCACCGACCGAUAGGACUCGUCGUCUCCUCGCGCGCGGUCGCGAUCAAGAAGGGCGAAGGCCCGCGAAGAAUCAUGAUCAGGCUCGCAAUACUUCUCGUCCUCGCGAUCAAUCUGGCGAGCAGCCAGCUCAACUACGAGGGAAAUCCGUUCACGGAGUACACCGAGUACAUCGCGGAGGAGAGCAACCUUUCCGAGAGAUCCAGGAAAAAUGACGCUUCAAUCGAUCUUUCCCAUCCCGGAAUAUCGUCUCGUUCUCAGAAGUUAUAUCCGAUUAUAGAGUCCGAAAGCGAUGGGCGUUUACAGCAAGCGGCGGAAACCGAUAAUCUUCUCAAAUCACAGAUUUCGCCUUCGGUCCAGGCCUUCCAAACGGACACGUCCGCUCGGCAAUUCCAAGACUCUUCCGGAAACUCACCAAUCAGUCAGGCGGAGGUCGCGCUGAACACGUUUCUGAACUCCAAGACACCUGAGGAAUCUCGCUUGUCUCUCGAGCACUAUUUCCGCAGUCAACACCCGCCGGAGGAUCAAUCGCGACCCUCGGACGUGAUUGUCGAUCAGGAGUCGUUCAAGUCGACCGAGCUCCUCAACCCUCAAUUGAGCACCCAUGUCGAGCAACAGCAACAGUUGCUAGCUCCUCAGGUGAAUAACCAGCAGCAGCAACAAUUGCUGGUCCCUCAGGUGAACAACCAGCAACAGCAACCGCUGCUAGUCCCUCAGGUGAACAACCAACAACAGCAACAGUUGCUGGUCCCUCAGGUGAAUCAACACCAGGUGCAGCUGACGUCGCAAGUGGACCAGAUUCAGCUGGUGCCACAAGUAACGUCGCAAGCCGAUCAGCGGCAACGACCGUUGCCGUCUGCCGGUCAGACUUACGGCUAUGUGGGACAACCAACCGUAGUACAGGCGGUACAGCCCGUGAUCAGGACACCAGGCGGAAUCGUCCUCGGGCAGAAGAUGCUGCAACCAGUGCCGCUCGUGCCCGCUUUCCAAGCCAGGAAUGACAUGAUAUCACCAGCGAUGUGGCGAGAGAGAAUGAGGAGGAUACGCGGAAAACCGUUUCCCUUCGCGCAACCCAGGAUAGCGCCGGCAUUGUAUCAAGGGCCAAUCGCAGUUCCUUUCAAGGCCAAGGCUCCGAUGGAAGUGAUCUAUACGAAACCACCGGGUCUUCAUCGUGGACCGCCCAUCCUCAGCAACCCACCGGUUCCCUAUGAGGACGCGAGCACCUGGUUUCCCGAUUCCGAUCAUCCACCCGCCCACAAGGAGGCCCCCGUCUAUUAUUCACAGUUGUACGCACAGUCCUACGAUCCUCACUAUUACAAUUACAUCGCCACGACCGGUAAGAUACGGCCGCACUUGUACGGGAAGCUGGGCAAGCAUCAGGAGGAGCAGGACGACGGUAUCUGGUCGGAGCUGUUUCGCGGCUUCAAGAAGCACGGCCUGAAGAAUAUCAUGACGCCGACCUUCCUGCUGGGCAUGACGCUACCCGUGGUGACUCUGAUGCUCUCCGCCCUCGUGCAAAAGCGAUCUAUCGCGCGCUCCGAUAACGCGAGGGAGUUGGAUCAGGAGAAUGAUUUGCAGGAAUACCUCGAGAGGCUGCAAAGAGCGAUGGAGUGCUACGCUGGGAGAAAUUCCCGAGACGCGAAGCUAGACGGAUGCUAGAAUCAAGGAUGUGUCCUGUUGCUAAAUGAAUGAAUAACAAGUGACGCGCAAAAAAGUGACAUGUUUAGCGUUGAAGACUUGCAUUAGUCAUUCAGACAGCAACAAAUGUAAAAAUUUGAAAUGUUUUUGGCAUUCAAACUAUUUUACUACAUAUUUAAACUGAUGGAUUGAACGAUUCAGUCCGUUUCGUUUUUUUUAUUUAUACUAAUGCAAUGUCUUAGCAAAAAACGAAACGAAUUUUCCGUUUACCCUAAUAUUUAUACAUUGAAAAUACUCAGAAUACCAAGCUCUUUCUCCGCGCAUCAUCUUGCAUUUUCACUUCAACGACAAUCCGAUUAUUUGAUUCUGGGAUUUAUUUAACGCGACACGUUACGUUUAGUUUGAAGUAAGACCAUCGCAUUUUGCGAUAAACGCACGGCGAGAAUAAAAAUUUUUAUACUUAAAUCGUGAUGGAGAUAAUAUUCUUAAAAAUCAUGCGUGCUUUGUAGGCAUAACUGUAUUUGAGCGGAGACUGGCCAUGUUAAUCAAAUACGAAAAUUGCAGAAUCUAUAGAACGUUAAUACAUCAAUAGAACGUUAUAUACAUAUAUUAUACUUUACGUUCUCAGGAAGAUCACAUGAACGCAACGUUUUCAUCGAAAACUGCACAUAUUUGUAGAGCAAAUUACGUCGUAAAAAUUACAACGUACAAUUCAAAGGAAACAAUGCGUUGUGAAAAGAAAACGCGCAUUGGAUAAAAUCACACGUUUUUUUUUCCAAGCAAUUUUUCUCGACUGAGAAAGAAGGUUUUAUGCUACAGAUAUUUUAAUUUCCGUACAAUCAAACGGCCAUUUCCAGCGGAAUACAAGCGUGAAAAACAGCAUUUUGCACUCGCGCCACAUGUUAUAUUCGUCGUGCCACUGUACGCGAUCACCGUAACACAAGUCUAAUGACACACGUGAGCGUUCCCGCAUUGUGUUAUUAGUGUAUUAUGCAAGACCUACGUCUCUUCCUUGUCUAUUGCAAGUCGUUAGUUGCUGUGUGCUAAAGUGGAAAGAAGAAAAGAUAAAAACUGCUAAAGCUACUCUUCAUCUCUUCCGGGUUAAAUUUAGAAGAAUUAAAUAGCGAAAGGCAAGUCAGACUUGCCAAUGUUACUGCAUCAAACACUGUAUAUACAACGUGUAUCUAAUAUACAAAGAUAUAAAGAUAAUACACUCGCGUUAAUUAAAGUAUA